AAACUGAUGGCUAAUAUAACAGUCACCUGCAGCAGGAUUGCAUGUUGUCACUCAAGGUCGCAAAAACAUGAAAGUCAUCCUAUAGUCUCUCAUCGCACGCAAAGCCCUUGAGCCUUAUACCCGCCAGGUGAUGUGGAUGUGUUGUUACCCAAUUUUCUUCAAAAAAGCGUCAUAAAACGACGCAAUAAUGUCGGAUAAUGUCAACCCGUUCUUGUUUUCAGCCAGCGCCUCGGUAUUUGAUAACAUUUCUGGAUCCUCAGCUGUACUUCUCCCGCCUCAAAAUUUACCACCUGGUAUUGACGAAGGAUCAGCUGGUGAUGUGGGCUCCUCUGCAUCAUCUUUACCAAUGACCUCUGUUUCCCCAAACUGUCAGUCACUCACUUCACGUGCUGCAGAGAACAAUUCUGAAGUGGAAGGUCAGCCCCAGCCAUCAAAGGAUUUCACUGUGUUUUCAUCAACCCCUUCAACCCUUCCUGCUCCAGGAGCUAGCCAAAUUGAUUCAUCUAUAACUAAUUCAACCCAGGCUUCAAAUUUAGGAAUAUCCAUUGCUCCACCAACCCCUUUACCUUCUUUUGGCAUCAGUUCUCCCACUCCCAUGACAAUAGGCAUUGCUAACAUUAGACCAAGUCCAUUUUUACCUCCAUCAAUGGCAGGCUCCCAAUUGCAGGCAAAAAUAGAUCCAAAUGGAGCUUGCUGUACUCCAUCGCCUGCCACAUCAUCACACCAUUCUCGCUCCACUACCCCUGGCCUCAGCACUUCGCAGCCUGAAGUCCAAAAUAUUCAGCCCUUGCCUCAUUUUGGUGCCUCAGUGCCCCCUCCUCCCUUGGCUGGGACAUUUGUACCACAGAUUCCUCAGGGAACAUUUGCACCCCCUCCCCCCUUAACCGCGACUGGAGUCUUAGCACCAUCUCUUCAUCCUGAAAAUAUGCCUUUGCCAUAUCAGCCUGGGAAUUUUCAGCCUCUUCAUUCUGGAAAUUUUCCUGUGCAACCGCUGCCUGGUAGUCUUCCUCCUCAAAUGUUAUAUGAACAAGACAUGGCCAGACACCAAUCUCCAGCCACUGCAUGGUCUCCACCAGUGUUUGGUGAGAACCCUGAAUACAAGGAGACAUCGGUUCUACCUGCUUCAUUUGAGACAAUGGCCAGCGCAGGGUUGUCACCCGUUGCACGUUACCGGCCCAUCAUUCCUCAUUGGUUCUAUGCGGUGCCUGGGAAGCCUCUUGAGUGGAAGCCAUUCUCUUUCACCGACUCCAUCAAUCUUGAGGAAGCACAUAGGAAUGGAGGGUGUGACGGUGUUGCUAUGUCACCAUCUCUAAACAAUAUUUGCAGGAGGUAUAACGAGCAGCUGAUCAUCGACACGGUGGCGGGGGAGAUCAACAGGAUGUAUCAGCUGUUCCGCGACCGCAACCCUAAGUUCUGUGGUGGUACGAGCGUCGCCGGCCACUCGCUGGGCUCUGUCAUCCUCUUCGACCUGCUCAUGCACCAGAAGGGCGACCAGCAGCUGCAGGAAGACCAGGAUCUGCAGGACCUGCCUGCUGAUGGAGGGGUGGAGCUGCUGCAGAAGAAAGGCGUCGGCAGAGUCCUCACUGCUUCAGAUAUCCGAGCUAAGAGAGCGCAGAGCGCCGAGCAAGACUCGCGUCGCUCCGUCCACUACGAGCUCGGCCCCGCGGGCACCGGCCAGCCUUCCAUCGCCUACCCGCAACUCCUCUUCAGCCCCCAGGCCGCAUUCCUUCUCGGCUCUCCCAUUGCCAUGUUCCUGACGGUGCGAGGCCUGACGCAGCUCAGUCCCCAGUACAGCCUGCCGACCUGCCCGCACGUCUUCAACAUAUUCCACCCCUACGACCCCGUGGCCUACAGACUCGAGACGCUCAUACACCCCGACCUGACCAGCCUGCGACCUGUGCUGGUGCCGCACCAUAAGGGCAGGAAGAGGAUGCAUCUCGAGUUGAAGGACACUCUGGAGCGCGUGGGCAGCGACCUCAAGCACAAGAUCGUCGACUCCCUGGCCGCCACGUGGAACAAACUCUACACGCUCUACUCCGGCAGCUCCACGGAGCAGCACAUGGAACAGGCUGAACAGGAGCAGCUGGGACGACUUGGAAUGGACGAGGGAGAAGAGCAGCCGGUGAUGGUGGGUCAGCUGAACGCAGGACGUCGCAUCGACUACGUUCUGCAGGAGAAGCCCUACGAGAGCUUCACCGAGUACAUAUUCGCACUACAGGCGCACCUUUCGUACUGGAAAUCGGAGGACACACUCCUCUUGAUGUUGAAAGAAAUCUACGGGUCAAUGGGCAUCAACUGCGACGCCAAAGACUCACAGGCUGCGCCACCGUCCGUUUCUGCUCCUCCUGCGUUCAUUCCUUCCGCACCGACGUCCCCUACCUUCACUCCAGCGGCCCCGGCCGCUCCUAUUCCUUUGUUCUCCUCCGUCGGCAGUUCUUCCAGAGCCGCGGUGCUGCCCCCUACCGUGACAGGUCCUCAAGCGAGCAGCUCUGGCGCGCCCCGUGUACUAGGAGGUCGUCCAGUCGUUGACGGAUCAGUGGUGCCUGAGAAGCCUGGGGUGGACCCAACCGCUGAGCCUCAAUUGACCAACGUUCCUCCGCCUCCCACUGGCACUAAACUUCAGUUCACGAGAAUCAAAGGCGGACCUCGCCGCUGAUGCUUAGAAUCUUUCGGUACUAACCUUGAAUUUACAAACUAGGGCCGUACUAUGAAAAUAGUUUAAAGAUCUACUUCAGCAGCCAAUCACUGUCGGCUUUUAAAGCUAAACCCACAAAUCGCAGGAGAGAAAUCUGCUGUAACGUGUAUUUUUAGCGUGAUUUGAGAUUACGGCUGCUGACCUUGGUUGGGCUUUAUUCAUGACUCUAAUGUGACGUACGAUGCCAAUGAUGGAAAAAAAGCAAAUAUUACGUGUAGAGUACGCAGUCACUGUGCAGUUGUUGAUGAUGCAAGAGCCUCAACUCAGUGUGUUGCAAUGAAUGUUUCUUGUUAUUGCUCUCUUUCUUGCCUACCUGACUGCUUUAAUAAAUUAUAAUAGGGCAUGUUCAUAAUUUUUCCAGUGGUCAUAAUUGUCAUUUUUUGUUGUCAUAAUUACAUGGUUUCCGGGACGAAUUGGCAGUGUGAUCACUAUCUUCUUUAAUUUGGUUCAUAAAUUUUGUUUCAGGUGGCAAUUUAACUAUGAUAUGAACACCUCGGGAAUGAAAACUUGUUGGGAAUUUUCAGGGUCAAGAAUUGAUUAUGCUGGGUUGCCGCAGCUUGUAAAAUGUUAUGAGUAACUGCAGUUACAUUCUUUGAAAUUCCCGUCUAAUUGCAGUAAAUUUGUGUCCUAUGUGACGUAAUUAUUUGCUUGCUUCUGAUAUUUUUGCAUGCAAAAAACUUAUUGUAAUUUUAUAGCCGAAACUUAUUGUUGAAAGGGAAAUUGUUUUUAAAUUAAAAUAGUCUACAUGUA